AUGAAGACGAUUGUGGUGUUUUUGGGGAUUCUGGUACACGUUCCCCAGCAUCACUCAGAUGUUGAGGUGUAUGGGGGGUGGUCUGUCUCUCUGCCCUGCCACGUACCAGGGUUACCCAAGGAUACCAAAGUGGUCUGGAGCCGCUUCGGUUUCAAUCCCUCGACCGUCCACCAGCAUCUGGACUUCGCUGAGACCCGUUUCCAAAACAACCUUUACAGCGGCCGGACGUCGAUGUCAGCUGAUGCUCUGGUCUCUGGAGACCUCAGCCUCACCCUGAGGGCCCCCCACCUCUCUGACAGCGGCGUCUACACCUGCACCUACAGCUAUCAAAACAUAAGAAGACAGAUAGUUGUGCGUCUGCAGGUCUCAGAAUUGUUUCCUUUCCGUCCUCUAUUCCUCCUGGUUGUGGUCCUGGUUCUGGUCCUGGUUGUGGCCCUAGCGGUUGCCGUUGCUUCGGGUCUAGCAGUUUCUUUUUGGCAGAGAAUCCUCACAGUCUCCUGGGUUGAGGUGAAAGAAGAAGAGUUCUUUGUAAAGCUCCCUUGCGUAUUCAGAGCCCCGUUGCCCGUGGACGUGACGGUGGAGUGGAGCCGCUGUGCCCCCGAGCCCAUGAAGGUCCACGAGUAUCGGAACCACAGCCACUACGCUGCCACACAGGACACGUUUUAUUUCAACCGCACAAAGAUGGAGAAAGAUCCACUGAGAACUGGAGACUUCAGCCUGACCCUGAGGGACCCCUGCUACAGGGACAGUGGCACCUACAUCUGCACCGUCCACAAGAACAGAGACAUCUUGAUGCAGAAAGUAGUCCGUCUCCAGGUCAAAGUCGCCGAUGAGGUAGUGGACGUCGGAGAGACGGCUAAAUGUUUCACGCUUCCCUUCAAAACCAGAGGUAACCUUCCUGCAGAUGCAACGGUGGAGUGGACCCGCACCAAACCCCAGCCCAUGGUUGUCCACGUGCAUGAGAACGGCCAGGACCAGCCUGACAGACAGGACGAAUGUUACCAUGGUCAGACAGAGAUGAUCAGGGACCCUCUGCAGUCCAAAGAUCUCAGCGUCACCAUCAAGAACUCCGGCUACCGUGACAGAGGGACCUACGUCUGCACCGUCCUCAAGGAUGGAGACAUCCUGGCCCAGAAAGUAGUGGAGCACCGCCUCGCAUCCUCAGUUGCCAAGGUGGAGGUGGAUGAUUGGGCGAAGACCGUCAAGCUGCCUUGGCAGAUCACAGCGAACCUGCCCCAGGAUGCAACAGUGAAGUGGACCCGUCAGAACGUCUCAAUGUUUCCAAUCAACGUCCAUGUGUUUGAGAACGGCCGAGACCAGAAUGAGACGCAGGACCUCGCUUACACAGGACGCACGAACAUGAGGAAAGACCCGCUGAGGACCGGAGAUCUGGGUCUGACUCUGAUCAACCCGACUCACGCAGACAGCGGCUCGUACCUCGGCUCUGUCUGCAAGGACGGAGACGUCUUAUGGGACAGACUAGUGUAUGUCAAAGCGAGAAGACAUUUCUGACGAGAGGACGAAGAGGAACGAGACGUUAAUGAGCAGAUGAUCUGGAUCCAUCGACACUUCUGAUUUAAAGAGUUCAUUAUUACUGGAUUUAACUCUUUCUUCUUCUUCUGUGAGAUAAUAAGACAAGAAAUGUUCUGCUUUCCCACAAUUAUUUACUUUAUCCUGACAGCU